GCUUUGUCACACUAAAACUUCGCAUGGACGACCAAGGUGGCGGCCGCGCAGCCUCCGCCGCGUCCAAGAUAUCAGCCACCAGUACGUCUGCCACUGUAGAUUCUCGGCGCGCAGAGCUAUCUCGCCUGUUCAUUGUCUGUGGACGCGACCGUAAAGUGGACGAGUUGCGUGCGCUCUUCUCGACGUGUGGAGCUAUUAAACACCUCCAUUUGGCGCUGGAUCGGAGUAAAAAGUCGCGGGUACGACGGCUGCUUCACUUGGCUUUAGUGUGUUGUCGUAACGCUCCUAUUGCUGUUUUCUGACGUGCUUAUACAGGGUUUCGCCUUCUUACAGUAUGAAGACCCGGCCAAUGCUGCCGCAGCAAUCGACAAGUUGGAUCACAUGAAGCUGGAAGAUGGACACAUCCUCAAGGUGACAGUCGCGAAGGAGCGACCAGUGGGUGGCAACGGCAAAUUGAAGCGGGAUCAGCACGCGCGACAGGAUCUGGACGAUCAAACUGAGGGAGGAGUUGGAGAAGAUGACGGGGGCAUCGAUGCACGGCUUCCUGGGAAGAGACAGCGGUCGAGGCCGCCUGUUUCCGCUCUCCCACUUGGCCCGAGUCGAGUGACGCCAGCUUUGCUACCGGAGAACCGCUGCCUGGAGGGAUUUGGACGAGAUACUGUGAUUGCUGGUCAACUGUCAUUACCGACUGUGCCAGUGUGCAAGGACGAAUCGAUGCAGCCUGAUGUGGACCUGAAACAAGUGGAGCAAGUGAUGUUUGCAAUGCUUCUUACAGUGGAGCAAACCGAAACGCAGAACAAAGCGAGCAGUGAACUAUUUGCUGCUUACGGAGUGGUGUCUGAUCGAGAGAGUAAACAUAGACGUGGAGGCAAUUUAAGUGUCGUUGUUCCGGGAUCAAAAGACGAAGAAGAAAACACGACCGAGUCACUAGCAUCCAGUAUUCGGUCCGUGUCGCUGGCUUCCACGCCAAUGACCACUCGAGGGUCUCCGUUUGCUACAUUGCGCACACCAAGAGUGACACCAAGAGAAGAUGUUGUCAUGUCACCACCCCGCUCUAAACAUCAUCUACGCAGACGGCGACAGAGUCUGGAUGGCAGCGAUUCCAAUGCAGAAGACGGAUCUGACGGCCGCCGUAAACGCAGUAACACCACAAACUCACCUCCUCCAACGAUCAAAGCCCAGAUCCGAGCCAAUACUCAACUCUUGUCCCCGCCGAGAAAACUGUCCGACCGAAGUGACAUUAGCCUGUCACCAGACGACCUGAAAGCCGAGAUAAUAUCGAAGAAACUUUGUAAGCGACAGUCGCCGGAUAACGCAAUAGAGGAGCCGUAUCGACUAGCCAAGCAGCAGGCAACGCAGGAGAGACGAGAUCUUGAUGGUGGCAUCGUAGAUCGAGGGCCUGGACGACCUAGUAUUGCUGAUGUAGAUACAAGCUACGGACACGAUCGGGACGUAAAACUCGAGCUCAAAUCGGAACCAGCUGAGCCGACACGGACUAAAUUGUUUUUCACGUCCACGUAUAAGUUCACAGAGCAGGAGCUUGAAGCGAUGUUUGCGGUAUAUGGUAAUUUUGAGUCAGCGGAGCUCGUCAAAAGUUUUGGACGCGUAAAAACCAUGGCGUACAUCCGUUAUUCAAAGCCUUAUACUGCAGCAUUCGUGGUCAAGUCUUUUCGAGAAGAAACGUAUCAGGCUGAUGAAGACCCAGAACGGCCGGAAUUCAUGACGCUAUCGUUCGCACACGAUACACGCGACGUGCAUUUGCAGCACCAAGCCAAACCAGCACAGCUCCACGCGAACAGAGGUUUAGAUUGCUCUUCCGAUUUAUUUUCCAGUCUCGCUCCAACGAACAAACCAGCGUCCACCACGUCCGCAUCCAUGUCCUCUGCUGGGAAAGAGCGUCUCUGGGUGUUGCUGCUGUACGAUCGGUUCUUGGCGACACAUAUGCUAUCCUCCGUUGUGUCGUCCUUUUCGGGGAUGGAAUUUAUGGACAUCAAGGUCGUUAAGAGUACUGGUGAGGCUCAAGGAGUGGCGUUCGUGAAGUUUGAUAGCGAGGCGAACGCUGCACAGGCAGCACUUCAACUCCACCAAAUGGAGCUGCCUCUCGGUUCAGGGAAGUUCUUACAGGCGAUAGUGAUUCUGGCACCAAGUCUGUUUACCACCACCCAUGGUAGCAAUUCACUCGGCACCAACGAGUCCAUGCGACUCGAUCACACAACAGACGAACGUGUUGUAACUGGAUCAUCCGAAGAUGUCGAUUUGCGCGCUGUCGAGGCCCGUUUCGCGCAUUUGAUGCGAAGCACUGAGUAUCCUUACACCAGAGAGGGACAGUAUUUCCACCACUACUCUUCCAUGCCGUCACCUAGAGGAGCAGCACCGAGUGACCAAGUAUCGCCGAUGGCAGGAGACGUGUAUCCGCCGCAUUCCGGUGGCUUUCACGGGACACACCCAGGUAUGGAAUAUUAUCCGAUGCAACUGGUGGCGUAUCCUCCACCUCCACCUCCGCCUCCACAGCAACCUUUUCAACCCUAUGCAAACUUCGGAGGAUCGGGGAAUUAUCAUCAACUACCGCAGCACCAAGGUUUUGGAGGAAAUCCGUCUGGAUGGAUGGAUGCCGGCCCGUAUUACCAAGGCGGGGUGCCCCAGUAUCCGUUUUCGUGCGCACCAGAGCAAGAAAUGGCAUUUCCUGUCGCUGAGAAUGGCUUCAACGGGGUUAGAGUGAGUGAUUCGCUUGCUGGACCUCCCAAGCCACGCUCCUCGCGCUCGUCGUCUGAGCAAAUGGAUGUGGAGGAUGGCAACAGCAGCUGCAGUAGCCAGACGUCUUCUUGUAUUCACGUAUCAACCAACGAACCACUGGAGCUUGUUACGCUGGUUAGCGCUCUACAGGACUGUCCUGGGGUCGUGUCGUUUGCGAAGGAUGACGCUGCUAGCUCUGACUUGUCUGGGUACAUGGUGGAGUUCACUAACGAGAUGCAGGCUCAUGAGGCGCUGCUAACAUUGGACGGAUCAUUGUGUGGAGGUCAGAAGCUUCGAGUGGUGAAGGCAACAUCAAACAGGCAUCGAGGGGGAACAGGGGGUGGCGGCAAAGCGCGCACAGGUUCCGGACGUCGAAAACGACAGCGUGUUGACCCUCGAAGCCGAAAAUGACGUAGAGAGCCCAACGUGACCUUGAGGUUUUGGUUAAGUUGCUUAGUGUCGGAACUACAUGUCCUAGUGCGUAUUGUCAGAUUGGGGUUACGAAUUGAUUCACGUAGUGUGUGAAUUGGAUGAAUGCAGAACGGAAUAACUCAGGUAAGUGCUGGGUUAGACCGUCCCGCUCCAUUAUUCAGCUUGCACUUAAAUGAGAACGUUGUUUACAAGCGAAAACCAUAGAACAAGGUGAC